UCCCCAGGUUCUCUCUCUCUCUCUCCCCUCUCUCUAUCUAAACCGCCAUUCCUUUUCCUUAUAGUUUGAUGUUUCUGUGGGAGGUGGUCCAUGGGGGGUUUUGUGGCCAAGAGCAGGAAGGAAACAUAAACCAGGGUUGUGUACAAACGGCUGAUUUCAACUCUUUCUUUGUCUCUCUAGAGAAAAAUCUCAACUCCUGAUGCUCCACAAAAUCCAAAUCUAAGCUCUCCUUUCUUUCCCAGGGUAGUCUCCCCCUCUCUCUCUCGUUUAACCCUUUUCUGAUAAUUUCAUCUCUUCAAGGCUUCAGAAGAGAAGAGAACAAUCUCUCUCUCUCGCUCGGUGCCGUUUCUGUACCUUCACCCUUUUCUGACAAUCCCACCCUUUCCAAAUCACAAGCUAAAAAAAGAAAAAGUUUUCUCUCUCUCGCUGAAGGUUGAAAAGCCAACAUCACAGGACUGUUGCAGCCCUCACAGCCAUCAUCUAAGACCUCUCUGUUGCUCUCUGUGACGAGAAUUCUCCAUUACCAACGUUCCAUAAUCUCCUAGUUUAUCAAUGAGAGACAGGCUGCUGGUGGGUGCAAUACCGACAGCCACCAUCCAUGGCGAACCAAAGCAAGAGCCCGUACAUUCACCCAAUCCCCCUCCCCAAAACGAGACCAAGAACGCCACUAGGCCCACGACCCCCAACAACUACUACGACGCCAGCCCCGGCUUCAAUUCCUCCAUGGCCGUCACCAUCCUGGUCCUCCUGACGGCACUUUUCUUCAUGGGCUUCUUCUCCGUCUACGUCCGCCGCUUCGCGGAGGAGAACUCAUCCGAAGCCGCGCGACGCCGCAGACGGGCAGCUGCUGGAAACCGGCGGUCUGGCGCCAGCCCUUCCUCCUCCCAGGGCCUCGAUCCCGUCCUAGUGAGCUCGCUGCCCACCUUCCCUUACAAGAAGGUCUCGCCGAAGGACGACGCCGAUUGCGCUGUCUGCCUCUGCGAGUUCGACCAGGGAGAAAUGGUGAAGGUCCUGCCCGUCUGCGGUCAUUUGUUCCACGCGGACUGCGUCGAUACCUGGCUCUUGUGUCGCACAUCCUGCCCACUCUGCCGCGCCACUCUGGUCCCUCCUCCUCCGCCGCCAAAGGAGCCGCAGAGAGACGCAUUAGAUGAAAGGGAGACGGUGGUGGAAGCCGCGGCCGCUUCUGCCAAUGCUGCGUCACCGGAGAAUGCGGGUUUUAUAUUAGUGGUCAGAACGGUGGAGAGUUUUCUGCCGCCAGGACAGUCGGAGUCCCGCGUGCGUAGGUCCGGCAGUGGGUGUAGUUUAUCUCGUGGGUUGGAGGUGGAGGGGACUCAGCCGAGGCGGAGUUGUAGUUUCUGACGGCAAAAGUGAGGAAGAAAGUGUCUAGAGCGAGAGAGAGAGAUGAAUGUGACUGAGGGGUGUGUUUUUUGUCUUUUCAUCUCAAAUGGAUGAAAUGUAUUUUUUUUUUUUUUAUGUGAAUACAAUUUGAUAGUCGUGUAAAAAAGAAGAUGGUGUUUUCUGUUUCAUUGUAUAGAAGUUACCUUUUCUGUGAGAAUGCACUUUUUCUUUUUCUUUU